UCUCUCGCGAGACUUGGAGCUCCAUGACCUCAGAAAACAUGGCGGACGAAUACGGACGGAAAUGGGAUCGCUGUCUCGCUGAUACAGCCGUGAAAACAGCAACGGGCCUUGGUGUCGGCAUCGUGCUCUCCGUCCUUCUCUUUAAACGUCGAAUGUGGCCUGUGUCAUUCGGGUCAGGCCUGGGGUUGGGAAUGGGAUACAGCAACUGCCAGCAUGACUUCAGGUCUCCAUAUCUGAUUCAUGGCCACACGGUAAAGGUGAAUGCAUGAUGGAAAAUGGACCGUCUUAGCAGGAUUUGUUUUCCUACACUCUGAAAUGUCAUUUAACAUGUUUUUGUCUUGUAACGGUUCAGGACUAAUAAGGACAAAAUGAAGACAAAGAUGAGUUAUUUUGUCACUCGCUGCUUACUUGGAACGAACAUCUAACGAUGCCUACAGUGUGUACAAAGAACAAUGAAUGUUGUAUUUAAUAAAGCCAUUGUGUAGAGCUA